AUGGACGCUUCACCGCUCCUAACCCGCAACCGCCGCACAAUCCCUCGCCCCUCGCAGCCCCUCCGCGGCGCGGCGUCGAGGCUCCUCCGCCGCGCGAGCAACCGUCGGAUGAUGCUCCGUGAGCCCUCCGUGAGAGUCCGAGAAGUGGCGGCUGAGCAGCUCGAGGAGAGGCAGAGUCAGUGGGCCUACUCGAGGCCCAUCAUAGCUUUGGACAUACUUUGGAACUUUGUGUUUGUGAUUGUGUCUGUUGGGGUUUUAGGGUUUUUUAGUAGUGAAGAGAGUCCUGAGGUGCCUUUGAGGUUGUGGAUUGUUGGGUAUUGUGUUCAGUGUUUGUUUCACGUUGGUUGUGUGAUUGGUGAGUUUAAAAGAAGACGAAGAGGAGAAGGUAGUGGAGAGGAGACUUCGAAUCACGGUGGGUCUUUUAGUGGAAGCGAAGAUGAAUCUGAUGGUUAUGGUGUUGACGAUGGUGAUGAUGAUCAUCGAGUUAGUUUCGCCAAGCACCUUGAGUCUGCGAAUACGAUGUUCUCUUUUGUGUGGUGGAUCAUUGGGUUUUACUGGGUCACUGGUGAUACGGAGGAAAUGGCUCAGUCUUCCCCUCAUCUCUACUGGUUAUGUGUUGCAUUCCUUGCUUUUGAUGUUAUCUUCGUUGUCAUCUGCGUCGCGGUCGCUAGUCUAAUCGGUAUUGCUGUUUGCUGCUGCUUACCUUGCAUCAUCGCCAUCUUGUACGCAUUAGCAGAUCAGGAAGGUGCGCCUGAUGAAGAGAUAGAGAGGCUUUCAAAAUUCAAGUUUCUCACAGUAAAGAGUUCUGAGAAAGUGAAUGGAGAGGUCCAAGAAACUCAAGGAGGGAUAAUGACUGAGUUAGGUGUUGAUUCUCAAACCGAACGCUUGAUAGCUAGCGAUGAUGCUGAAUGUAGCAUUUGUCUGUGUGCUUAUGAAGAUGGAGUAGAGCUUAGGGAACUUCCUUGUAGACACCACUUCCAUAGUUUAUGUGUAGACAAAUGGCUAAGGAUCAACGCUACUUGCCCUCUCUGCAAGUUUAAUAUUCUCAAAAAUGAACAUAGUGGUAGUGAACAAGUGUGA